AUGAAUCCAGAGUCAAUUCCGCCAAGAACAAACGCAGAGUCCCAACCCUACUCCCGCCAACCAAAUUCCCAUGCGGCACACCUCGAACCCGACGCGGAUCUCACCACUAAGAUCCUCUCCAGUCGAUCCUACUACACCAAUCUAGUCGAUACCCUAUCCGCCCGAGAAGACGUACGUGCCCGACUGGACGACCAAAUCGCCUACGUCGCCGAACUAAGCCGCGGGCUCGACCUAUCCAUACGGAACGAAGAGGAAGCGUCCAUUCGAGCUUAUAUCGCCGAGAUCGAGUGGACGAAGGCCAAGGAGCGUGUAUUAAAAUCCAAGGGAAGGGUGAAUAGGUUACUGAGAAGGAAGAAGAAAGAGGAGGGGAGGGUUCUGGAGGAGGAGAGCAAGUUCUUGGAGGAACUGAGAGGAGUACGCAUACACCACGACCGCGGCGUGAACCUUCGCCAACUUCAUACCGAAGCUCUAUCUCUGAAACUGGAGUUGGAACAACAACUCCAGAAGCGAGUAGACACGCAGAAAGAGCUGGAGGCAUUAAUGCACGAGCUAUUCACUGGGCCCACGCCAGAAUAUCCCGAAGAAGAUUUCAUUGAACGCGAAGUUUACGAGGUUAAAAGACGUUUGGGAGAGACAACGGACACCCUAAAAGGCGAGACGGUGCUAACCAAGCUGUUAAAUACCGCUUACUCGUCCAUUUCUUCAUCCGUCUCGAGUGCCGAGGAAGCGGUAGAACACUCUAGACAUGACAUGGCGAGGACUGGUCUGCUGAGCAUAAUGAGUCCCGAAGGACACCUAAAACGCAAAGCCCUGGAAGAGGCAGCCAAGCACUUGUGGGAAGCCCAAAACAUGGUGAACCAUGCGUCGAACAUCAGCCCGAAUGUCCAGCCUCUAGAUUUCACCACCCCAAACGAAUACAUGACGGCAGGACUCGAUUUCGACUUUGCCAACCUCACCUCGGACUGGUCGUUCCACGAUAAAGCCAGGGAAACCGUGAGCCGUGUUGGGGAAAUCAAGACCAAGCUCGCCGAGCACCGCAAAGCCUCGGGGAGGAGAAGAGGCGAACUAUCGAAGAUAAUCACGGAGACAUCCGCAACUUUGGAAAGACGGACAAAGGAGCUCCUCGAUCUACGAACCCAGAUCGUGGAGAGGGUUUUGAUCACGGGACAUGGCCCACCACAGCUAGAUGGUUCGGAUAUGUUGAGAUAG